AUGCCUGGCACAAGACAAAAGCUCAACACCGGAGCCGAGAUCCCAGCUCUCGGAUUCGGUACCUGGCAAGACGCAGAGGCGCAGGUAGAUGCCGUCAAGGAAGCCAUCAAGGCCGGCUAUCGACACAUCGAUACUGCAAGAGUAUACGGCACCGAAGAAGCCGUUGGACGAGCCAUUCGCGAGAGCGGCAUCCCCAGACACGAACUGUUCGUCACCACCAAGCUCUGGAACCAUCAGCACGACCCAAAGGAUGUUCCGAAAGCUCUUGAGGAUUCACUCAACGAUUUGAAAAUGGACUAUGUUGAUCUGUUUUUAAUACAUUGGCCUGUGGCUUGGAAGUCUGGCAAAGAUCUGUUUCCAAAGGAGAAUGGCAAGCCGGCUGUGGUAAACAUCGAUUUCGUGGACACAUACAAAGCGAUGGAGAAACUCCUUGAAACCGGCAAAGUCAAAGCAAUCGGCGUGUCCAACUUCUCCAAGGCUCAAAUGGAGCAUCUGCUCAAAAACACCUCCGUGGUCCCCGCUGUGCACCAAAUCGAGUGUCAUCCAUGGCUGCAGCAGACAGACUUUGCAAACUGGCAUCGCGAAAAGGGUAUUCAUAUCACUCAUUAUUCGCCCUUUGGCAACCAGAAUGAAAUUUACGGGGCCAAGCAUUUGGGUAAAUUGAUCGAGACUCCCGAGCUUGUUGAAAUUGGGAAGAAGUAUGGCAAGAGCGGUGCUCAGGUUGCUUUAGCUUGGGGUAUUACUCUCGGCCAUUCCGUCUUACCAAAAUCCAAGACACCAAAGCGUAUUCAGGAUAAUUUGCAGGGCGACUUUAAGCUCAGUGAUGAGGAUAUGAAGAAGAUCCAGAGCAUUAAUAAGAAAUUGCGCUUCAAUGAUAGCAGUGCUGACUUUGGCAUGGAGUUCUUCGAGGAUCUAGAGGGUAAAGGUUCCAUUUGA